AUGGAAACUGUGGAGGGAACAGAGCUGUGUGUUCCACAGCUAAACUCCUCCUGCAGGAAGCCAACACACUCCCGUUCCACAGUGAUGCUGAUUUAUGUUCUGCUUUCUUCCAUCUCCCUCAUCACUGUGGCCCUUAACCUUCUGGUCAUCAUUUCCAUUUCCCAUUUCAGGCAGCUGCACACCCCCACCAACCUCCUCCUCCUCUCUCUGGCCGUGUCUGACCUCCUGGUGGGCCUCCUGCUGAUGCCGGUUGAAAUCAUCUACAUAGAAGCCUGCUGGUUUCUUGGGAACAUCCUGUGCACUCUCUAUUACAUUAUAGAUUACAUCAUUACCUCUGCUUCUGUUGCGAAUAUGGUUCUCAUUGCACUUGACCGGUACUUAGCUGUCUGCGACCCUCUGCUUUACCCCACCAAGGUCACUAAGAGCACAGCGCAGGUCUGUGUGAGUCUGUGCUGGAUCGGCUCAGUUUUUUACAGGCUUCUUCUUCUACAUGAUCAUUUGGUAAAACCUGGAGCGUCCGUCUCCUGCUUCGGAGAGUGUGUGGUUGUCAUUAGUAACAUUGCAGGGACAAUUGACAUGAUUUUCACCUUCAUCAUGCCCAUCACUGUCAUCAUAUGUCUGUAUUUCAAAGUGUUUGUUGUUGCUUUGUCCCAGGCUCGAAUGCUGCGUUCCCAAAUUACAGCUGCCAAACCUGGCCUUGUAGCUGUGAGGAGAAAUGAGAUGAAAGCAGCCAGAACACUCGGUAUUGUUGUAGUUGUGUUUCUGUUUUGUUUCUGUCCGUAUUUUUUCCCAACCCUGGAAGGCACUGACACUGCGGUGAAUGCUUCAUCUGUAGCCUUUGAGAUUUGGCUUUCACAUUUCAACUCCUGCUUGAACCCUGUCAUAUAUGCCUUCUUCUAUCCUUGGUUCAGAAAAUCUAUAAAGCUCAUUGUCUCACUUCAGAUACUAAAGCCUGGCUCCUCUGAUAUUAAAAUACUACACUGAUCAGAGAACUGAAUCAUUAAAUGAAGUAGCAUUUUAACUGUGUACUCUUGGUUAUUAGUUUUAAAAAAUGCAUUUUUAUUUAUGAUGAAAAAGAUCCAAGAGGGAUUUCUUCUUCUGCUUUUGAGUGAAAAAAAUAAGUUAAUAAAACAGCAAUUAAACUUGUCUCCCUGUUUCAGCAAAUGUUUAGCUGUGCAACAGACUUUAGUUUUGACUUUAAUCUG